AUGGCGACCAAUGCCGCCGCCACUCAACAGAACCAAAAAACCCUUGCUGUACCCACAUCCUUACAGCAACAACAACAGCAGCAGCAGCAACAUCACCAGCAACAACUCUCAACUCGCUCAGUCACCAUCUCUAAGCGCCGUCAGUUUGGACCUCCUCCUAGUGCUCGGCCACAGUCUGCCCUAGUCGCCUCUUCGCCUACCUCCAGCGAUGGACGUCCUACACCGCCACCAAAAUCACCGCAGUCUGGCCCGGUCUCGACUAUGAACGGCUCCAUUAACGGGAACGGAACCCCUCCCCAGAGCGUAGCCUGCCCUAUCUGCAACAUAAACCUACGCAACCUCGCCCAACUCAACCAUCACCUUGACACCAUCCACCCAGAAGAACCGGAAGAUGUCAAAUCUGCAGUUGCCAACUUUUUCAGGAGUGCCCAAAAGGUUCUCAACCCUAUUACCAAGCAAGCCACAACGACCUUCAAGAAUAUACCCGCUAACUCGUCUGAGCUCUUGAGAAAGAUCCAGGAUCUUGAUAUCGACUCUGCUGCUGGUCCAGGAAACAGUAUGGCUGGCCCACCGCCAUCAGGAGGAUUUCAGGGCUGGACUGAUCCUCGAGCUGAUGCAAUUGUGACGAAGAGGCACUGGGCCAGAGAAUCAGAGCGCGAUAUUUGCUUUCAGCCCAAUUGUGACAAAGGUCUCGGUAUUCGAUUUGGUCGUCAGCACUGUCGGAGCUGCGGAAACAUGUUUUGCGAGACCCAUUCUUCGUUUCAAAUCAAGCUUGAUGCGCAAGCCCGACAUGAUACAAAUGGCCUUUGGUGCCGCGUGUGCGAAGCAUGCUUUGUCAAAGCCAAGAAAGAAGACGAUGGGUUGCAUGCUGGGGGUGUCCAUCGCAGCUUGACCACAGACUUCAUGAGCAUCAGGACAAAGAGCGCUGAGAAAAAACAUCUGGAAGUCAAUCGACUAGAGAAGAGAAUUGAAAAACUGGCGCAGACCCAUCAACAAUACGAUUCAGGAGUGUCAUCCUCGCCUGUUGUAUCUUCACCCACAGCCAGCUAUUCGUCCCUUUCAUCGGCAACAGGGUCUGUCCGGGCUAAAGGACUUUUCCGAUCAGUCACCUCACGAGGCCAGCAACUGAAAGUUGCCGAGCAAACAAUCGUCAAUUGGGAAGACGACUCGACAGUGCCUGCCUGUUUCAUAUGUCUAUCCAUCUUUAACCGCUAUGGCAACCGCAAGCAUCAUUGCCGCCUUUGUGGCCGCGUUAUUUGCGACAACUGUUCGACCAAGACUCCUCUAUACCUGAGCAUGUCUAGUUACCCUGACGGAUCGGAAUCAGUUGGACACACAAGGGCGUGCAAAGAAUGUAUUCACACAGCCUUCAAGCGGAGAGAGCAUGCAGCGGACCGGAGGCGGCCGAAUGCCGUAGUAAAAUACUAUGGAUCGUUAAUACGACUGAAAGCCAGGAUUGAUAUCGCUCUACCUCGCUUUCAGGAGAUGCUGACGACAUUGGGACAGAAGGGCGAUAUGAAUCAGACUCAUCCAGACUACCAGCUUGCUUCCAGGACAAGGAAGGAGCUCUUGGAUGACUUUGCGUUGUUUGACGCGAUUAGUAAAAAGAUUGCCAAGCUGCCCACUCACUCUCAGCACCAAAAACAACUCAACACGAAUCUUUACUGGUGGGCUACACAGUACCUGCAGACCAACAUGUUUCCUCUUUCCGUCAUCCCCAAGGUGUUUGGAAAGAGCAAGCCUCCAGGGAAUUCAUCGCCAACCUCUUCCUCCCCGUCACCAUCGAUAUCGUCGCCUCAGCCAGAUUCGAUGGACAAUGAGGCAGAGAUUGAGAGUUUGGCCCAGCUGGCAGUCAUGGAGGACCAGAAGCGAUUGGUAGAAUCGUACAUUGAGGAGGCCAGUCGCAAGCGCAAGUUUGACGAUGUCAAGUCGCUCAAGAUGAGCCUGGAGGAGCUGGAGAACGAGAUAGCAGCGAUCCGGUCAGGGCAGCGAUCGAAAUAA